CUAUUUAUUUUCAUUGGUAAUGGUAAUGAGCGAACAAAACAGUCUGAUACCUUCCUCAGAUAUUACAGAUGUAACUUCUUAUUUGAAGUGUCUGACUAUGACAGCAAAAUAAAAGUAAAAAUAUAUUCAAGUUUUUUGUUCUAUGAUGCUCUUCUUCUUCUCUCAAGUUCUACUGCUGUUUGUGAGUCCUCAAAGUUUUUCAUUGUUUCUUUAGUGGGAACAUUAAGAAUCAAAACAAAACAACAUCAAAACAAAGUCACAAUUCCAUGAACACACAUAAAAUGAGCUUGUAACAUUGUUUUUGUGGCUGUCAGAGAAGUGACACAAUAACACAAUACCACCACAAAUAGCCUCAGAAAUGACCAUGAAGUUGAAUCCACACAUACAUAGUAUCAACAUAAAUUGCACAAUACAGCCUCACAAAGCCCCACUGUUGCAUAGCAUUAGUGUAAGGGGUGUUCACAUUAUUGUGUCCAGCCCUUCUGUGAGGUACGUCAAUGGUACAAGAGAAUAUAAAAAUCGCUUUUACUACACUGGAAGUCACACACACAGUAUAUGGAAAUAUGAGCUUGAUGUAGUUCAGAGGAGUGUUGUAGGCUCAGAAAAGCAGGGCUUAUCGUGGAAAGCCUGGCUUGAGUGAAACUAAACUAGAAUCAAACUCUUCUUCUUCUAGGUUGAAAAGUGAAGUAAGUGUGGCUUAAUUGCCUAUUGUGAUUAUCAAAACACUGCUCAGAUGUGCAUGAUUUUCACUUAUUUUCGACAAAAUAAUAUGGUCAAAAUGUAAAUAGACAUGCAAAUUUUCAGUAUGGUGAUUGGAAUAUUCAUAACAUUUAAGGCUUUUCAUGGGACUCAAAAAACCCAAACAAACAACAACAAAAAAACAAAACAAGGCAACCACAACGACAAAUACAUUUAAAAAUUUCACAAACAUUUAAAUUGAAAGAAAAUGGUAAACCUGGUCUUUUAGAUUGACACUUGUGAAUAAAAAUACUCAUUAAUAUCAUUAGCUACAUUCACAAUAAAAACGAUAUUUGGAGUCCUUAUUUUUCACAUAUUUCGCCAAAAACUUUAAAUUUAAAAUUACAACUAUUGAAGAGAUAAGUGAGUAACUCUGGUCCGUUGACAUCAAAGAGAGAUAUAAAAACAUAUAAAUAUUUUUUGUUUUCCAUGGAGCGUGUGCGUGUGCAUGUGUGCGUGCGUGUGUGUGCGUGCGUGCGUGCGUGCGUGCGUGCGUGUGUGUGUGUGUGUGUGUGUGUUUACAUUUUGGUGUGUGACAGCCACGAACAACGACGGUGACGUUUCACGACAGUCUCGCCGCCCCAAUAGUGCAUUCUGGGUCCAACCCAAGAUGGCUGCGCCCUUGCAGAAGUGCUGAAGAAGUGCUUCUCCGGAGAAAUUCUCGGGAUUUUAUGUGAUUUCCGCCAAAACUAUCCCACCAGAUCAGCUCCUCGGGUCGCUGGUUUGUAGAAGAAGACCUGAGGACCCAGUCAUCAAUAAGUGUGGCCGGUGCUUCGUGUGGCUGUGGCAGACUGUCCGUGUGAAGAUGGGCCUCGUCUCCAGCCCCUUCCCAUAGCGAAGAGCCGUGGGGAGAGGAGCCGCAGAUUCCCCUGCAAACACGCACCCGUCCAACUCGGAUUUGACGGGUUUGACAUACUGUACAGGCUGUGGACGCUGCCCUACAAUUUUCUGACCAGGAUUGUUUGUGCGACUGUGUCUGUCAUCGUCCGGAGGCGGAGAGGUUCCCCAGCCCGGGUAGAUAAUCCCACAGCACCGAGGGCCCUGAUGAAAAUGGACUCAGACUUGCUUCAUUCACCGGCCUUGGGCCUGGCUGAGGAGGAGGAGGCCGACAUGAAUGACUGGAAGCUCCCCCUGGCCUUCAUGAAGAAGCGGCACUCGGAAAAGAUUGAGGGCUCCAAGGCCUUGGCACAGAGCUGGAGGAUGAAGGACAGGAUGAAGACCGUGAGUGUAGCGCUGGUGUUGUGUCUCAACGUGGGAGUGGACCCUCCUGAUGUGGUCAAGACCUCCCCCUGUGCCAGACUGGAGUGCUGGAUAGAUCCUCUAUCGAUGAGCCCACAGAAAGCCCUGGAGACCAUCGGGGCCAACCUGCAGAAGCAAUAUGAAAACUGGCAACCCAGGGCGCGUUACAAGCAGAGUCUGGACCCCACGGUGGACGAGGUGAAGAAGCUGUGCACGUCGCUGAGACGUAACGCUAAGGAGGAGCGAGUCCUCUUCCACUACAACGGUCACGGGGUCCCACGACCCACAGUCAACGGAGAGAUCUGGGUUUUUAAUAAGAACUACACCCAGUACAUCCCGCUGUCCAUCUACGACCUGCAGACGUGGAUGGGGAGCCCGUCCAUUUUCGUGUACGAUUGCUCCAACGCGGGAAUCAUCGUCAAGUCGUUCAAACAGUUCGCCCUGCAGAGAGAGCAGGAGCUGGAGGUGGCAGCCAUCAAUCCCAGCCACCCGCUCGCCCAGAUGCCCCUCCCACCCUCCAUGAAGAACUGCAUCCAGCUGGCAGCCUGCGAGGCCAGCGAGCUGCUGCCCAUGAACCCUGACCUCCCCGCCGACCUCUUCACUUCCUGCCUCACCACACCCAUCAAGAUCGCCCUCCGAUGGUUUUGCAUGCAGAAGAGCGCCAAGUUGGUGCCAGGGGUGACGUUAGACCUCAUUGAGAAGAUCCCUGGAAGGCUCAACGACAGACGCACUCCCCUCGGAGAGCUCAACUGGAUCUUCACAGCCAUCACUGACACGAUCGCCUGGAAUGUGCUGCCUAGAGAUUUGUUCCAGAAGUUGUUUCGUCAGGACCUGCUGGUGGCCAGCUUGUUCCGCAAUUUCCUAUUGGCAGAGAGGAUAAUGAGGUCAUACAACUGUACGCCGGUCAGCAGUCCCCGUCUGCCCCCGACAUACAUGCACGCCAUGUGGCAAGCAUGGGACCUGGCCGUGGACAUCUGCCUCUCUCAGCUGCCUACCAUCAUCGAGGAGGGCACCGCCUUCAGACACAGUCCUUUCUUCGCGGAGCAGCUGACGGCGUUUCAGGUGUGGUUGACGAUGGGUGUGGAGAACAGGAACCCUCCUGAGCAGCUCCCAAUUGUACUGCAGGUCCUCCUUAGUCAAGUGCAUCGGCUUCGGGCUCUAGAUCUGCUUGGACGGUUUCUGGACCUCGGACCCUGGGCGGUCAGUCUGGCCCUGUCUGUAGGGAUCUUCCCCUACGUGUUAAAGCUGCUCCAGAGCUCAGCCAGAGAGCUGCGGCCGCUGCUGGUUUUCAUCUGGGCUAAGAUCCUGGCUGUGGACAGUUCAUGUCAAGCUGACCUGGUAAAAGACAACGGACACAAGUACUUCCUGUCAGUUUUGGCCGACAAUUACAUGCCAGCUGAGCAUCGAACAAUGGCUGUCUUCAUAUUGGCGGUUAUAGUCAACAGCUACAACACAGGACAGGAGGCCUGUCUCCAGGGCAACCUAAUAGCCAACUGCCUAGAGCAGCUGUCAGACCCUCAUCCCUUGCUCCGCCAAUGGGUGGCCAUUUGCCUGGGCCGGAUCUGGCAGAACUUCGACCCAGCUCGCUGGUGUGGAGUCCGAGACAGCGCCCACGAGAAGCUGUACACCCUGUUGUCGGACCCCAUCCCUGAGGUGAGGUGUGCAGCUGUCUUCGCUCUGGGGACUUUUGUGGGAAAUUCUGCUGAGAGGACGGACCACUCAACCACCAUUGACCAUAAUGUGGCCAUGAUGCUGGCCCAGCUCAUCAAUGAUGGCAGCCCUGUGGUCCGCAAGGAGCUGGUCGUAGCACUGAGUCACCUGGUGGUCCAGUACGAAAGCAACUUCUGUACAGUUGCCCUCCAGUUUAUAGAGGAAGAGAAGAACUACACAGUGCCGUCACCAGCCAACACAGCAGAGCCUGGUAACCUGACUCCAGUGAGGGACAGCCCGGCCAUCCCACGCCUGCGAUCGGUCAACUCCUACACCAACAUCCGAGCUGCUACUACUGCCCGCAAUCUGAACAAGAGCCUGCAGAACCUCAAUCUCAAUGAAGAGGGUGGACCGGCGGCCUUCUCUCCUGGUAACCUGAGCACCAGCAGCAGCGCCAGCAGCACCCUGGGGAGCCCCGACAACGAUGAGUACAUCCUGUCCUUCGAGACCAUCGACAAAAUGCGACGGGUCUCCUCGUAUUCUUCGCUCAACUCCCUCAUAGGUGUGUCCUUCAACAGUGUUUACACUCAGAUCUGGAGAGUGCUGCUGCAUCUCGCCGCAGACCCGUUUCCUGAGGUGUCGGAUCUGGCCAUGAAGGUCCUUAACAGCAUAGCGUACAAGGCGACGAUGAACGCUCGGCCGCAGAGGAUCCUGGACUCUGGAUCUCUCACGCAGUCGGCCCCAGCCAGUCCCACCAGCAAGGGCACGCACAUUCACCAGGCUGGUGGGUCUCCUCCCAUGCCUAGCACCAGCAGCUCAAGUUUGACCAAUGAGGUGCCCAAACCCCCCGCCAGAGAGCAGCCCGCCACACGGCCGCCCUACACCCCGACACUGGGAGGACAGGCACCCCACUCCCACCAGUUCCCCCGCACCCGCAAGAUGUUUGACAAGGGACCAGAGCAGGCAGCUGAGGACGGUGACGAGCCGGGUGGUCACAGGAACUACAUCAGUCCCGCCCUCCAGACGGGCCUGUGUGACUGGAGUGCAAAGUAUUUUGCUCAGCCUGUUAUGAAGAUCCCAGAGGAGCAUGACCUGGAGAGUCAGGUGAGGAUGGAGCGGCAGUGGAGGUUCCUGAGAAAUGCUCGUGUGAGAAGGCAGAGCCGAAGUAUCACGCAAAGAGGUGUUUCCCGUCUGGAUGAUCAAAUAUUCAUCAACCGUAACCCUGGAGUACCGUCUGUUGUGAAGUUCCACCCUUUCAACACCUGCAUUGCCGUGGCCGACAAGGACAGCAUCUGUUUCUGGGACUGGGAGAAGGGCGAGAGACUGGACUACUUCUACAACGGAAACCCUCGUUACACUCGCAUCACAGCUAUGGAGUACUUGAACGGACAUGACUGUUCGUUACUGCUCACUGCAACAGAUGAUGGAGCGUUACGUAUCUGGAAGAACUUCGCUGACCAGAAGAACCCGGAGAUGGUGACGGCGUGGCAGGGUCUCUCCGACAUGCUGCCCACUACCCGAGGUCAGCCCUCUGCCAGCGCUCACAGUCUGGCCAGAAGGGUUUCCAUCUAUCUUGACAGGAGUAAGCAAGGAGGUGCAGGUAUGGUUGUGGACUGGGAGCAGGAGACGGGACUCCUCAUGACGUCUGGAGAUGUCAGAGUCAUCAGGAUCUGGGACACUGACAGGGAGAUGAAGGUCCAGGACAUCCCGACAGGAGCAGACAGCUGUGUGACCAGUCUGUCCUGUGACUCCCAGCGUUCACUCAUCGUUGCCGGCCUGGGUGACGGAUCUGUACGUGUCUUCGACAGGAGGAUGGGCCCUAAUGAAUGUCGGGUGAUGACCUACAGGGAGCACGGAGCCUGGGUGGUCAAAGCUCAUCUACAGAAGGAGACAGAUGGACAUAUUAUCAGUGUCAGUGUUAACGGAGACGUCCGAUUCUUUGAACCGCGGACACCAGACUCCAUCAAUGUUCUGCAGACGGUGAAAGGGUUAACAGCGCUGGACAUCCACCCACAGGCUAACCUGUUCGCCUGUGGAUCGAUGAACCAGUUCAUAGCGGUCUACAACGCAAACGGCGAUGUGAUCAGCAACAUUAAGUACUAUGACGGCUUCAUGGGACAAAGGAUCGGGGCCAUCAGCUGUUUAGCCUUCCAUCCUAACUGGCCACACUUGGCAGUAGGCAGCAACGACUACUACAUGUCCAUCUAUUCAGCCGAGAAGAGACUCAGAUAACACACCAGCAUUCAUCACCCCCCCCUCCCCACCAAAACCACCACAUAUGACUUCUGACCCCGAGCCUCAAGUUCUGGGAUGUAAAUGACUUUUUUGUUGUACAUAUGCAAUUACCACCCUGAAUGUUCUAGUGAUGGCUGCUGACAAAAACUGCUACGAACGACUAUAUAUAUAUAUUAUUAUUAUUAUUAUUCUCAUUGUUUAAUCAUAUUCUUAUUAUGAAGCUAAUGAUUGUAGACUUGGCUGUGCGGAGGAGUGUGUAUAUUUAAAUAGCAUAUACAGAAGAGAGGUUCUUUUUCUAAAGAAGUGGUACCCACCGAUCACCAGGGCUCCUCCUCGCCGCACAGUGAGCAUCACUACCUGAACGAACUGUGACCCAGACCAGAUACGGCGAGAGAGGGGUCUCCCAGAGGGCAACACACACAACACACACUGUUAAAACACACUCACUGGUGCAGGAAACAUGGACUCGCCCUCCACUGGACCUUGGUGUGUUUAUCAGUUCAUUUUAAUGGCCGACUCCCAGCCAAAGGACACAGAGUUUUGCUACUUUGCUGCACCGUCGGCGAGACAUUUGUAAGGAUACGCCCAGAGAUGCUGGACUGUGCUCACUCUUGCCUGACACGUCGACCAGGCAGACAUGAUGAGUGUGUGUUUGUACGUGUGUUAAAAUGGAUUAUAGCACAGCUGUGCCCCACAGUGGGUCUUCAUAGCCUUGGACUUGAUGCCCAAAAAGAUGCCUGCUCUCAUGCUAGAACUCUCCUUCUUGCUUCCCUGACCCCAGCGUGCCAAACAUAAUCAUAUUUUCCACACAACCUGUUGUUGUGGCUCAGAGGGGUGUUUUUGUUGGUUUAUUUGUUUUUUAAAUUAUCGCCUGUAAUAAGGGAAAACCUCCAUUGCCUCUAGUAUGAAGCAUACCCUUAUAUCUAGCACAGUGAGAGGAGAUCUAGAUUGAUAGAAACAAAGCACCCAGUCCUACAGGGAGUCUGCGGUACCUUCUUGCCUGCCCUGCAAAGCAAUAAAACCUCCCAUGAUUCAGCCUCAAGCUCCUCCCAGACGUUGCCAAUAGAAACGUCAGCCUCAGUUUGAAGGUGAUAGCAGCAUAGCAUGUCAUCAAUAGCUUAAGAUGGUCAAAAUCCUGACCUGCAGUGCACCAAGGUGCCACACUACAGCAAUACACACACGCCUUUGUUUCUUUUUAUAUACUUGGAGUACGAGAUGGGGGCCAUUUCACCCCAUCUGUUCAACACAGCAGUGACAGGAAAGAUAUCAAUUAAAUUGACUUGCCUGUGAUUGUCUAAACCUCCUGCCAAUCACGUCCAAAUCCUCCCCAAAAGACGGCACGUCACACAGACUAACUGGUCCCGUGCUGGUCGAUCUUUUCCUGGCUUCUGAAACACAUAAGUAGAAGUUGACCCUAACCGCAUUAAGGGGCGACCUUCUUGUUUAAAGUCAUGACGCCCUCAGAGCAUGCAGCACUGUAGGUUUAGAGAAAGUUUAGAUAAUGUGACUCGUCACACCGAGAAUCACCUGCCACCCCGCAGUCUGGACAGAAAAGCUUCAGUGAGGUUUCCUUUUUCCCAUCUUUGAGUUUUUAUUUUGGUUUGGUUUGAUUUUCUUUAACAAAGAUGGAGGCAUAAAAUGUGUCACUCACUGUUUCAGUCAGCGUUCUAAAUCUCACGCAGGUAACGUCAGGAUCCACCUCACACUGCUGUCGAGCAGCUGCUGUUGACAUAAAAGUCAUUGUGGUGCUGUUCAGUAAAGAUGCCCCUCUUCUUUAGAAGGUUUUUUUUCUUCUUUUUUUGUGCAGUAUCACCAUCGACGUGCCUCUUCUCUGGGGCUGCAGCUUUGCUUAUUUAGCUUUUUUUAAUCCCUUUUCUGUUUUGUAAUUUUAUGUUUUUAAUUCUGCUGGCAUUGUGUUUGCCUUGGCCUCAGUAUGGUGGCAGGAAAAAAGAGUGAGGUCAGCCUUACCCUCACACACACACACACACACACACAAGCACACACACACAAUCAGUCACUGCACUUAAGUCUUUCCUGCCAUGCCCCCUUUCCAUCGCCAACAUACCCCCCCAGUCGCCCCCUCCUUUCUUUCCUGCCCCUCCCACCCUCUGCAUCAGACGUCCCGAGCUUUGCUUUUGCCCGCAGGAGUGGACUUAUGGAUUCAAAGUGAACUGGGAGCACACACACACACACACACACACACCAUACAGUCUGUGUGAGCGGCUCCCCACCAUCACUCCUAUCACUGAGCACUCUGUGGUUUAGCAGGCCUCAACUGCUUCACUGGCUCAGCCGAAAUAGUACAUUUUGGUGUCGGGCCUUUGCUCAGACACACAUUCAUCUCUAAGUAUCCUGCUUUGAGUUUUAAGAUUUUAGAUCUGGAGAAAAAGAAGAGACUUUAACAAAGUAGUAAGAGAGGAAAAAUGAAAACAAUCAGGUUUGUCUCUGUGACUUUAGAUUGCUUUGCUGACUGUGGUUUAUAAGACAGCAGAUGAAAUCAGUGAAAUAAACCAAAUACAACACCGGA